UGAAGUUUCCGUGUUCUCAAUGUGAUAGUAGUACGACAGCGAGCUAAAGCUAACUGGCUUCACUUUGCACCAUUGCAGACUGACCUCCAAGAUGGCUGGUGUUCGAGCCCUUGGUGUUCUCUCCAGACUAACAUCAAGGAGAUACGCUCUUCUCGCAGGCAAUAACAUUCGUAGCUUCUCAGUAGCUCCUGCCAUGCUAGCCCGUACACAUGUGAACUACGAAGUCAAGGGUGAUGUUGCUGUUGUACGUGUCAACGAUCCAAACUCCAAGGUCAACACCCUGUCGAUCCAAAUGCAAAAAGAGAUGGAAGAAGUAUUUGGUGAAGUGUGGGGUAAUGAUGCGGUUAAAAGUGCAGUUCUCAUCUCUUCAAAGCCAGGAUGCUUCAUUGCCGGGGCUGAUAUUAAUAUGAUUAAGGCCUGCAAGAGUGCAGAGGAGGUAACCAAGCUUUCUCAGGAAGGGCAGAAGAUGUUUGAAAAAAUUGAGAAGUCACCCAAACCAAUUGUUGCAGCCAUUAAUGGUUCCUGCCUGGGUGGAGGCUUAGAGUUUGCCAUUGCCUGCCAGUACAGAGUUGCAACCAAGAGUAGGAAAACUGUUCUGGGUACUCCUGAAGUAAUGCUGGGUCUUCUACCUGGAGCUGGUGGCACACAGAGACUCCCUAAAAUGGUUGGCCUCCCCAGUGCCUUUGACAUGAUGCUAACGGGAAGAAAUAUCCGAGCAGAUAAGGCUAAGAAGAUGGGGCUCGUUGAUCAGCUUGUUGACACUCUAGGACCUGGAUUAAAGAGUCCAGAGGAAAGAACAAUUGAGUACCUUGAGGAAGUUGCCAUUGACUGUGCCAGAGGAAUUGCCAACAAGAAGAUUUCUCUUCGCAAAGAGAAAGGCGCAGUUAAAAAAAUUCAAGACUACAUUAUGAACCUUGGCUUGGUGCAGAAUCAAAUUUAUAAAACAGUCCAUGGUAAAGUCAUGAAGCAGAGCAAAGGACUUUAUCCAGCACCUCUUAAAAUCAUUGAGUGUGUGAAAUCUGGAUUAGAACAAGGUCCCGUUGCUGGAUACUUGGCUGAGUCUCAGAAUUUUGGCCAGUUGGCAAAAACCUCUGAAUCAGCAGCCUUGAUGGGUCUCUACCACGGUCAAGUUGCAUGUAAGAAGAACCGCUUUGGCACUCCUCAGAGACCAGUAAAGACUCUUGCUAUCUUGGGAGCAGGCCUGAUGGGAGCAGGUAUAGCGCAGGUGAGUGUGGACAAAGGUGUGAACACAAUCUUGAAGGAUACCACUGUGGAAGGAUUAGCCAGAGGACAACAGCAGGUUUACAAAGGGCUCAAUGACAAGGCCAAAAAGAGGAGCAUCACGUCCUUUGAGAGAGAUGUCUUUCUAUCAAACUUGACAGGCCAGCUGGAUUACAAAGGCUUUGAAAGGGCUGACAUGGUUAUUGAAGCCGUGUUUGAAGACAUUAAGGUCAAGCAUGCGGUGCUGAAGGAGGUGGAGUCUGUGGUCUCACCUCACUGCAUAUUCGCCAGCAACACCUCAGCUCUGCCCAUCAAGGAUAUUGCUGCUGCCAGCAAGAGACCAGAAAAGGUGAUUGGAAUGCACUACUUCUCUCCAGUUGACAAGAUGCAGCUCCUUGAAAUCAUAAGCACUGAUAAGACCUCAAAGGACACUAUAGCCUCUGCUGUGGACGUUGGUCUGAAGCAGGGCAAAGUCAUCAUAGUGGUUGGGGAUGGACCUGGGUUCUAUACCACAAGGUGUUUGGCUCCUACAUUGGCCGAAGCAGUGCGUGUACUUCAGGAAGGAGUUGAUCCCAAAAAGUUAGAUGAACUCAGCACUGGCUUUGGGUUCCCUGUGGGUAUUGCUGCACUGGUUGAUGAAGUUGGAAUUGACGUCGCUGCCCAUGUGGCCACGGACCUGGGUGCAGCCUUUGGGGAACGUCUUGGAGGUGGAAAUGUGGAGUUUCUGAGGACAAUGGUGGAGCUGGGAUUUAAGGGCCGCAAAUCUGGAAAGGGCUGCUAUGUCUACCAGCCAGGGCUCAAAGUCAAAAGUGUCAACCCAGAACUUGCAGACAUCCUUGAAAGAUAUAAAAUCACGCCGAAUCCUGCUGUUUCAUCAGACUCAGAUGUGCAGUACAGACUUGUUUCUCGGUUUGUCAAUGAGGCCGUGAUGUGUCUGCAAGAGGGGAUCUUGAACAACCCUCUGGAUGGAGAUGUCGGGGCUGUGUUCGGGCUUGGAUUCCCCCCCUACCUCGGAGGACCGUUCCGAUUCGUGGACUCCUUUGGCGCUGACAAGCUCGUGGCAAAGAUGAGGACCUACGAAGCGGUCUAUGGAAGUCACUUCACGCCAUGCCAGCUCCUGCUGGAUCACGCAAAUGAUUUGAGCAAGAAAUUCCACAAGUGACCAACUCGCCUUGUGUGCCAGCAGUUUGUCUGAAAAAACAGUCCGCCGCAAGAAUGUGCCUCAUGUUUGUCAUAAAUGGGGGCGAAUGUACUAAAAGUAAACUGUUGCCAGUUUACAAAUGCAGUAGAACAGACUAGACCUGCAAUAAACCCCGUCUUCAUGAAACUUAAUGGGUGCUCAUUUACCUGUUUUUAGUGCAGCAUUUAUUACAAACUGAUCCGUAUAACUUGAGUGAAGGUCGCACUUAUUUGGCACAGUUAAAUUCCAUUAAUUUUAUGAUGUACCCAAUAAUCUGGCAGCAGUGACUUUUCAGUAUGUUGCCUGUAUGGAUGACAUGCUGGCGACUGAGUGUAUAGUACCAACAAAAUGGAUGGGGUUUUUUGUACUUAAACAUUAAUUUACUUGACAGUGUAUAGAUGGAGGCUAAUAUUCACACACUGCAGAUGUAAAGACAUUCUCCAGAUUAUUGAAAAUGUUUUCCACAGGAAAGCACAUUUUGGAUGCGUUGGAUGUGUCUUUGUACAUUAAAGUUCUUCUUUAAUGUUCAAACAUGUAAAUGUGCAGCUUGAAUAAAUGUUUUGUUAUCGAA